AUGUCCAGCAUGUGGUCUAUCGAGUCUAUCGACGGCAGUGAUGGAAGAACAUACAGUCGCACUUUCGCCGGCUGCGGCAAAUAUGGCGCUUCAUACCAGAGAACCUCGAUCUAUGAUGCAUCCGUGUCUGACUGCGACGCUAUCCGCCGAUGCGCUUCCGAGGCAACGUCUUCUGAUGGUUCUUUCCGCAUUUUUUUGAACGCAGUCGAUUACAAUCCUCCGCAAUGGCACUGCGACUUCUCCAGCGACAGCUUUGACGGACCAUAUCAGGACUAUCCUGGCAUUCGAGGCUUUUACAACUAUGUCGCCAAUGCUGCAAUAACAACGUCAAGCACAGCUGCUCCGAGCAUAGAGCCCGUUCUGACAACCACCACUGAAGUCAUAUCGAGCAGCUUCACAUCCACAACAAGCUUGUCUUCCGAUCUUCCACCGUUCUUUAGCACCUCGCCUACUCAACUUACGGUCACAACAUCGCAAAGCUUCACGCUACCAGAGCCUGGAACAACUACAGAGUCAUACACAACAUCGGAGUCUACUAUCACUAGCAUGUCUCCCUCUGCCACGAUUGAUUUAACGUCAGAAACGACAAGUGAUUCUUCGACAGAAGCAAUGACCAGUGCUUCCUUCACGACUUUCAGUACUGGUGAACUGUCUUCCACAGUAUCGGAGUCAACGACGACUAGUUUCUACACAUCAAUUACAAUUGACUCAACCUUGCAAUCAACAACCAGCUUCUCCACGGAAUCGACAACCGAUCUAAGCUUGACAUCUUCCAGCACUAGCGACCCGUCUUCCCUAACAUCGGAGUCGUCCACAACUAGUCUCUCUCCAUCAAUCACAAUCGACCCCGCUUUGCAGUCAACAAGUGCGUCUUCGACAGAAUCGACAACGAGCUUUCUCUCCAUAAGCUCCAGCACUGGCGAGUCGUCUUGCGCUGCAUCUUGUGGCAGCUCAUCUUCUACCACGGCCUCCACUGGUGAUUCCUCUACAACCUCUGGCAGUAGUUCACUGGCCACCACUCAGAGCACUACUUCUUCCGUUCCAAGCACAUUCGCCACCAGUGUCUCGUCUUCCACCUCCAGCAGCUCCAGAACGUCAAGCACGACUUCAGCAGCUUCAUGCCCGACAAAGACCAACAUUCUCAGCAACAAGGGCUUCGAAACCUUUAACCCCAACAACGGACGAAGCCCGCCUUGGACGUCAUCGGUCUCGAGUGGCAGCAUCAGCGUCUCGAACGUCGAAUACACCGACAGAAAUCCAACUCAUACUGGAAGACGUCAGAUACUGGUUCGGUCAAAAGCCAGUGCUGAAACCGCAAAAAUAUCUCAACAAGUCAACGUGUGUCCUGGUAUCGCCUAUACCUUUAGUGCUUGGGUCCGUCGGCCAAGUAAGAAAGCACAGUGUGUCGUGUCCUUCAAUUUGGGCUCCCAAUUUCUUGGAGCCACUAUGACAGGCAUCUCUUCGACUGCAUACGAACACAUUCAACUGUUUGUUGCGCCUUCGACGGCGGCCCAGCAGAAGUUGACAAUAUCGGUCACAUGCUACGGCGAUGCUGAUAAGAACGGGAACAGGGAUCUCUAUCUCGACGAUAUCUCACUAAAGACAAGAUGA